UCGAAUGUCUCUCUAAAACAGGCUCAUCAUAAAAUCAUCCCUUUAACAAUGGCUGAACUGCCUGCCCAUCUCUCUGCCAAAAGCUUACUUAAACUUCUCAAAUCCCAGAAAAACACCAAGACUGCUCUUUCUCUCUUCGACUCAGCUACCCACCAUCCAAAUUACACCCACACUCCCAUCAUAUACCAUCACAUUCUUCGCCGAUUAACCGAUACUAAACUCGUUAAUCACGUCACUCGUAUUGUAGAUUUAAUCCAAACCCAAAAAUGUAGCUGCUCUGAAGAUAUUGCUCUUACUGUUAUAAAGGUUUAUGCUAAGAAUUCCAUGGUUGAACAAGCAUUAAGUUGUUUUAAAGAGAUGCCUCAAAUUUUUGGGUGUCAACCAGGUGUUAGAUCGUAUAAUACAAUGUUGAAUUGCUACGCGUUAUCUAAUCAGUGGGAUAAGGCUGAAUCUUUCUAUAAUUAUUUUCAGGAAUCGGAAAUAAUGCCUAAUCUUGAAACGUAUAAUAUUUUGAUUAAGAUUUCGUGUCGAAAACGACAGUUUGAUCAAGCCAAGAAGCUUUUGGACUGGAUGUGGAGUCAUGGAGUACGACCUGAUGGCUAUAGUUAUGGGACUUUGAUCAGUGGGCUUGUGAAAUGUGGUAAUUUAUCGGAUGCCUUGAAGGUGUUCGAUGAAAUGUCUGACAGAGGUCUUACCCCUGAUGUUACUUGUUAUAAUACUUUGAUUGAUGGAUAUAUGAAAUCUGGCCUUGUUGAUGAUGCUAAAGAAAUUUUUCAGAGGUUGAUUACUGAUUCUGAGGUUUAUCCAAGUGUGGUGACCUAUAAUGUUAUGAUCAACGGUCUAAGCAAAUGUGGCUGUGUAAGUGAGAGUUUAGAGUUUUGGCGCCGGAUGAAGGUGAAUGAGAGAAAGUUAGAUGUGUUUACUUACAGUAGUUUGAUAGGUGGACUAUGCAAGUCUGGAAAUGUUUCUGAGGCUUCAAUGGUGUAUGCUGCAAUGAUUGAGAGUGGGCUUCAACCUGAUACUAUUUUGUGCAAUGUCAUGCUUCAUGGGUACUGCAAAGCUGGGAUGACUGAACAAAUUUUCAACUUAUGGGAGUUUAUGACGAAAGAAGAUCUUGUUAGUACCACUAGUUUCAAUAUUUUCAUUAGGGGCUUACUUGAAAAUGGUAAGGUGGGUGAAGCACUGUCUACCUGGGAAUUGAUGUCGGAGAGCCAUUGUAAUAGUGAUUCAACAACUUAUGGAGUCUUGAUUCAUGGGUUGUGUAGAAAUGGACAUGUAAACAAGGCACAAUCAAUUUUGAAAAGUGCAGAGGAUGGAGGUAGAUUGGAUAUUUAUGCCUAUACACCAUUGAUUAAUGCACUGUGUAACAAUGGUAGACUUAGUGAAGCAGUGGGUCUGCUAGGUGAAAUAGCUAGACAUGGACACACUUUAACUUCCUAUACUUUCAAUGCUGUAAUAAAUGGGUACGUUCGAGAAUCCAAAAUGGAGAAAGCCAUAACAAUAUUCAAGGAAAUGGUCAGUAUGGGUUGCCUGCCAACUCCUGUUACAUAUAAUAUCUUGUUAAAUGGUUUCUGCAAAUCAGAAAGAUUUGAAGAUGCAUAUAUACAUGUAAAGGAGAUGCUGGAGAAAGGUUUUGAGCUAGAUGUAGUUUCCUACAGUUUGUUGAUAGAUGGUCUUUGUCAAAGUGGAAAGAUUAGCAAGGCUCUUCAGUUGUGGGGUCAGAUUCUAGGAGAAGGUCUUACGCCUGAUGUGAUCAUGCAUAAUAUUAUUAUAAACGGACUUUGUUCUGUUGGAAGACUAGACAAUGCUGUGCAAUUAUUCACAAAUAUGAGAUGCUUGGACUGCAUGCCAAAUCUAACUACCUACAAUACGCUUAUGGAAGGAUUUUAUAAAAUUGGCGACUGUGAUAUGGCAGCUGCAAUCUGGGCAUGCAUUCUAAAAACAGGACUUCAUCCAGAUAUUAUAUCAUACAAUAUUAUCUUGCAUGGACUUUGCUCUAGCCACAGAAUAUCCGAUUGCAUGGGAUUUUUACUUCAUGCCAUUAGUAGUGGAGUGAUUCCUUCUGUUGUUACAUGGAAUAUCCUUGUGAGAGCUGUUACUAGCAACGGGAUUCCAUUUUAUUAGUUAUGGAUGUUGCAAAUUUUGGGAUGUUUGCUGCUUCGUAUAUGAAUUUUGUGACAAAACUUUGUCAUGAAAGGCAAGAGAGUUACAAGUGUUGUGGCAAUCUUCAACCGUGUCCAAUCUAUUUCUGCAUUUGGAUUAAACUAUGGCACAGUACUUGACGUGACGGCAUCAGAAAUUAUAGAUGGAGAUUGUCACGUAUGGAAGUCCACUUUCCAGAUGAAUUGGCUGAGCAAACCAAUAAAUAUUGCUCCAAGAACACCUAUUUUCCGCCAGUGUGAGGAAGCAAUAUAUGAAUCAGCAAUAC